AUGCACUCUAAUAAUGGAAGAUUAUUGUCGUUUGAUACCAAAUGUUCAUUUCAAGAAAUCGACCAGAGGACGGGGGUGGACAUCGAUGUCGGCAGUGCUCUAUAUGCAAGUGACAAAUUAAAGCUCCUUCCUGAGUUCUUGAAGGAGAUAACGGAGUUUUACCACUCUGACGGCUUCACUGUGGAUUUCAGCGUCAAAGAAACACUGGAUAAAAUUAACACGUAUGUGAAGGAAAAAACACAUGGGAAAAUAGACCAAGCUGUUGAUGGUCUGGAAUCUGACACUUUGAUGUUUCUUCUCGCUUACAUAUAUUUUAAAGGAAAAUGGGACAUGCCAUUUAACCCAAGCAGGACCCAUCAAAGUAGAUUUCAUGUGGACGCUGAGACCACCGUUCCAGUACAAAUGAUGCACCAGUACGAAUCCCUCAAAGUUUAUUAUGAUGUCGAACUCACUUCUAAAGUCCUCUGUCUAGACUACAACGACUCUUUCUCCAUGUUUCUGGCUGUACCAGAUAUUCACAGGCCAGUUAAGACCAUCAAAGAUCUGGAGAUGGCCAUCUCUAGACAGCACAUUGAAAAGUGGAGGACAGCUGUCAGAAAAAGAAACACUGACAUCUAUGUCCCCAAACUCUCUCUGAAAACAUCAUAUUUCCUGAAAGAUAUUUUGAAAGGAAUGGGAAUGGCUGAUAUGUUUACAGAUAAAGCCGACUUCACAGGAAUUUCAGAGGAAAGGAUGCUCAUUUCAAAGGCUUUGCAUAAGGCCAGUCUGGAUCUAGAUGAGAAAGGAACCACCGCAGCAGCAGUGACAACGGUUGAUUUCAGACUAUUGUCCUACAGCCCAUUGAAAACUUUGCAUUUUGACCGUCCAUUCAUGAUCUUUAUCACUGACCAAAAAAAUGACAACAUCCUCUUCUUUGGAAAAGUUGUCAAUCCGGAGGAAAAACAGUAAUGUGACAUUCAUGAUGCCAUGACAACAUUAGCCAGCAGGUGGCCAUGAUUUAAACAACUGUUGUGCCAUUAUUUUGCUGCAUAUUUGAUGUAGGACAGAGGUACUCAAUCCUUCUUCUAGAGCAGGGGUUUCAAACUCAAUCCCUGGAGGGCC